GACCCACAGCGCUGUGGCUCGCCUUGCAUUCUGUCUUCAGCCGGGCACCUCGCACCCUCCCAGCACCAUGCCUUACAACUGCUGCCUGUCCAACGUGAGCUGCCGCAGCAGCUGCUCCUCCCGGCCCUGCGUGCCCCCCAGCUGCCAUGGCUGCACCCUGCCCGGGGCCUGCAACAUCCCCGCCAACGUGGGCAACUGCAACUGGUUCUGUGAGGGCUCCUUCAACGGCAGCGAGAAGGAGACCAUGCAGUUCCUGAACGACCGGCUGGCCAGCUACCUGGAGAAGGUGCGCCAGCUGGAGAGGGAGAACGCGGAGCUGGAGGCCCGCAUCCAGGAGCGGAACCAGCAGCAGGACCCUUUGGUGUGCCCCAGCUACCAGUCCUACUUCCGGACCAUUGAGGAGCUCCAGCAGAAGAUCCUGUGCACCAAGUCUGAGAACUCCAAGCUGGUGGUGGAGAUCGACAACGCCAAGCUGGCUGCCGAUGACUUCAGGACCAAGUUUGAGACGGAGCUGUCCCUGCGGCAGCUGGUGGAGUCCGACAUCAACGGCCUGCGCAGGAUCCUGGACGAGCUGACCCUGUGCAAGUCUGACCUGGAGGCCCAGGUGGAGUCCCUGAAGGAGGAGCUGCUCUGUCUCAAGAGGAACCACGAAGAGGAAGUCAACACCCUGCGCUGCCAGCUUGGAGACCGCCUCAACGUGGAGGUGGACGCUGCCCCCACUGUGGACCUGAACCAAGUGCUCAAUGAGACCAGGUGUCAGUACGAGGCCCUGGUGGAGACCAACCGCAGGGAAGUGGAGGAGUGGUUCACCACCCAGACUGAGGAGCUAAACAAGCAGGUGGUGUCCAGCUCAGAGCAGCUUCAGUCCUACCAGGCGGAGAUCAUUGAGCUGAGGCGCACGGUCAACGCCCUGGAGAUCGAGCUGCAGGCCCAGCACAACCUGAGGAAUUCUCUAGAAAACACACUGACAGAGAGCGAGGCCCGGUAUAGUUCCCAGCUGUCCCAGGUGCAGUGCAUGAUCACCAACGUGGAGUCCCAGCUGGCCGAGAUCCGGGCUGACCUGGAGCGUCAGAACCAGGAGUACCAGGUGCUGCUGGACGUCCGGGCCCGGCUGGAGUGUGAGAUCAACACGUACCGGGGCCUCCUGGAGAGCGAGGACUGCAAGCUUCCCUGCAACCCCUGCGCCACAACCAACGCGUGCGGCAAGCCCAUCGGGCCGUGCGUUGCCAAUCCCUGCACUCCCUGCGCGCCCCCUGCCCCUUGCACACCUUGUGUCCCGCGCUCCCGCUGUGGACCCUGCAACUCCUUCGUGCGCUAGAAUCCUGCAAAGCCAAAGGGGCAAGGACACGGGCCUGGGGCUCCAGAGCGUUGACCUGGCUCUGGUUCCUUCCAGAGAAAGGGCCUGAAAACACAGUGGAAAGACUGGCGCUGCCCCAGGGAGGCACAAGAAACUCACCCAAAGCCUCCAGCCACUCCAGCCUACUCCAGACCCGCCAUCAGGGUCUGUUUCUUCCUUUGCUUGCUCAGAGAACCCUCUGAAGUGCCAGCAGCCCUUCCUUGUAACCCAAUAAAGGCAAUUUUCACAGCA